AUGCUGACGCGCGUCAACAUCGACGAGCCCCGCUGGGACCAGAGCACAUACUGGGGCCGGGCGCGGCACUUUUUCACGGUGACCAACCCGCUCAAUCUGUUGUGCUCGGAACGCGAGCUCCAGGAGUCGCGCGAAAUCGUCACGCGCUACCGCAAGGGCGAGGUGCUGCCGGGAUUGACGGAAGAGAAACUGUGGCACGCCAAACACAUCUAUGACUCGGCGUUCCAUCCGGACACUGGUGAAAAGGUGAUGCUGAUUGGUCGUAUGUCGGCCCAGGUGCCCAUGAACAUGAUGAUCACGGGCUGCAUGCUCACCUUCUACCAGAGCACACGGCAGGUGAUCUUCUGGCAGUGGGUCAACCAGUCGUUCAACGCGGUUGUCAACUACUCGAACCGCAGCGGAGAUUCUCCCAUACCCUUGUCGACGCUGGGUCUCUCGUACGUAUUAGCGACCAGUGGUGCGUUGGGUACCGCGCUGGGUCUGAACAGUCUCGUCAAGUCGCUCCCGCCGCUCGUUGGUCGGUUCGUGCCGUUCUGUGCCGUGGCGGCGGCCAAUUGCGUCAACAUCCCCAUGAUGCGGAUGCGCGAGAUCAAUCACGGAAUUCCCGUAGUCGACGACAACGGCAACCGCCUCGGCGAGUCCAAGGUGGCCGCAAAGUGGGCCAUCGUUAUGGUCGUCCUCUCCAGGGUGGGCAUGGCCGUUCCCGGCAUGGUAUUUCCACCGAUCGUGAUGAACUCGCUCGAGGGGAAAACCGUGCUACAGCUCUACCCGUGGUUAAACGCGCCGUUGCAAGUGGGCCUGUGCGGCCUGAUGUUGGUGUUCGCGACACCCCUGUGUUGUGCCAUCUUUCCGCAGAAGAGCUAUAUUGAAGUGAGCCACCUGGAACCGGAGUUGCAGGAGGUCAUCAAAAACCUGCCCAGUCCUCCUACGAGGGUAUACUAUAACAAGGGGCUCUGAGCUACGUCUCCUAGAGUGCUUUUCUGCAAUUACGUGCAAGAAAAUAUGGUGC